AUGUAUCUGUUGGCGUUGUUUAUGGUCAGUGUUUGUGCGCUAUGGAAACUGGAUGAGCCACCGUGGUAUUGUGAUGCGAAGUGCAGAAAUACCUUGUACAAACUUCAGAAAAAUAGUACGGGUUGUAUUACACGACAAGAAUUCGGCGAUUAUCCAUUUCAACUGUUGGGUUUUAACAGUUCAGUAUGCAGUAGUCUUAAAGCUGAGCACAAUGCACGAUUCAGUUAUUGUGUUCGUUUGGUGAAGGAGAAGUUUGUUAUCGCGAAUUGCAAUUUUAAUAUAACUGAUCACCGAAUUCCAUGCCGUAAAGUAGACGAUACGAUGAGUUGGUAUCGUGGUAUGCAGUCCGUCACAGUCUCAGGAAAACAGUGUAUCCGAUGGGAUUCAAUUUCGACAAAUUUCGCACCAAGUAGGUUCGAUGAACUGGAUGCGUCCUCGCUUCUCAAUAACAACAUCGGAACCCUCUCUUACAGCAUUCAUGCUCACGAAAAUUAUUGUCGUAAUCCUGACGGAUGGUCACGAGGUCCAUGGUGCAUCGUUGAGCAAACAGCGAAUGGUGAUGUACGAGAGCCGUGCUUCAGAGAAUGUGCCGUAUAUAAUGAACCUGAGCUGUGCCUCGCCAAAAUGUUCUUUCCAUAUUCAAUACCAUCUACAUCGAAUAUUCCACAUUUCCCGAGUGUCCAAUCACGCAGUGAAGAUAUUCGAGAUUUAAGUGAUAUUUUGGAUGUACCACGCAUCACGCAGUUUCAUCACCGCAAUCGGCCGAUGUUCGUUCCGACGGUGUAUCUAGAUUAUGUUCGCUAUCAUCCAGGCGAUAUUUCCACUCGUUUACGAUGCUAUCAGACUGGGAUACAAAAUCGUAUCGCUGGUCCGUGGAUAUAUACGUCCACUGUACGAAAUCCAUUCCCUAAACAUGCCGUUUGGUUAGAAGAGGCAUUUGCACAAAACUCAGCAGAUUUUAUGGAUCGUGAAAGGGCCGCACGAGGUGACACUGGACCGCAUUAUUCACUUUGGCGACCGUGUUUUCUCGCUUGCGAAGAUACCAACGUAGAGAAUCUAUUCUUCAAAAUGCGUAUUCUGAGUCAACCUCUAAAAUUGUUUGCCUGUCAACCAGAACAUAGGGUUGAUGUUCAGGUGAAAUGCUGGCCCGUUCAGCAGGACAGUAUCCGUCGACCGCGUUUUCCAUAUUAUGGUUCUCGAAACUUUGACGCAGCUGGCACUGAAUGUGUGUCACCGCAUUACGCCUUUCAAAUACUCGUCAUGCAAAAUCGCCUCAACAAAACUGAUGAGAAGCAAUUAACUCUGUUGAAAGUACUUCGCGAAACAUUCAUCACAAAUGCGAACGGAACGAGGCGACUCAGAAAUCUUUUCGCCAUUUCAAAGGGUAAUAUGAUGGUAAGCCGGCGCUGUUUUACGCUUGGUGAUUUUUUGCGGGGAGUGGAGAGUGGAGCGCGAGAGGAAAUUGCCGAAGAGAACGAGGAACUGAGGUCGGUGAUGUCGAUUGGUGCUGGAUGCUUCACCGAGACGGGUCUUGAACGGGUGGAGUAUAGUGCGUGUUUCAAAAGUUGCAACUGCAACAAGACUGUGCACGCACCGACGGUGUUCGUUCGUAAAGCUUGCUUGCAAGGCGAUAAAUGCCAGAAAAAACAAUCAGAAAUGUUCACGGAGGAGGACGACGAAGAUGAACUGCUGGAUGAUUCUUCGAACCAAUCGAAAAACAUCUCUGAAUUUCUGCGUGCAGUUCAUCUCUCCGACUCAUUCAACUAUCAACCCGUGAUCAUAAUGUCUAUAUCAGCAUUCUGCAUUAUUGCUGCCGGUCUCACAGCACUGUUUACGAUGUGCCCUACUUCAUUGCAAGAGCCAUAA